GGACUGCUGGGGCGCCUAUCAACGCCGGCCGCAGGUAGACCCCGACAAAAUGGACGUGCUGUCCGUCCUACUAUAUUUAGCGGCCGUCGCUGUAGGUGUAGCAUGCCUUAUUGCAGCUGGAUAUAUAUACGCCACAUGGACUCACGGGAUGUUCAAGAAGAUGGGGAUCCCCGCCCCGGAACCCGGGCUGCUGGGCGUCAUCACCAACUACCAGACUGAGGGCCUUAUCAAGUGCGAUCAACGACUUAUAAAAGAACAUGGACGGGUUGUAGGGAUAUUCCAUGGCCGCAUCCCGUCCCUCCUCAUCUCAGACCCGACCAUGAUCAAACAGAUUUGUGUGAAAAACUUCUCCAACUUUGUCAACAGAUCGACUUUCGGCCCAAUGCCCAAGAUUGUGAUGGACUGUAUCGCUGAGAUCUACGACGAACACUGGAAGUUCAUGCGCUGUGUCCUCAGUCCUACCUUCAGUACAGGUAAACUCAAACAGAUGAUGGUGCUGAUAGAGAGGUGUACCGACCUCCUGGUGGAGAACGUAGAUAAACACGUGGAGGAGAAGAAAAACGUCGAGUUGAAACACCUAAUGGGAUGUUACACCAUGGACGUUAUCGCCAACACCGGCUUCAGCAUCGACCUCGACAGCCACCGCUCAGAGAACAUCUUCGUCAUCUACUGCCGGAAAGCCAUGAAGCUCACCUUCCCUAUUUUCUUCCUGAUCACAGUGUUGUUCCCAUUCACCAAGUCAUUGUUUGAAAAGGUUGACUUUAAACUACUUGACAACGACAAAGAUAAGGCCAAAUUUCGCUCCAUGAUAAAACAGGUGAUCGAGGACAGGAGGAGGGACCCUACUCCGGGUCACCGUGACAUUCUACAAACGAUGUUGGACGCCCAUAAAGAGGGGCCUGCAAGAGGCCCGGAUGACGAGGACACGGAGACUCUGCUGGACUUCAAGUACUACAAGAAGCGAGGUCUGACGAACUACGAGAUCUUCUGCAACUCCCACAUCUUCCUCCUCGCCGGGUACGACACCUCCUCCAACGCUCUGACCUUCACCGCCUACCUCCUCGCCACGCACCCCGAGAUCCAAGAGAGGCUAUACCAGUCGAUAAUGACACACAUAGGAAAUAAGAAGCCUACGUACGCCGAGGUGACGAAGCUGCAGUACCUGGAGAACGUGUUCCUGGAGACUCUGAGACUGUAUCCCCCGGCAACCAGAACAAAGCGAGUUGGAGCCAAGGAUACCACAAUGAACGGCUACCACAUCCCCGCCGGACUCGGCAUCGUCAUCCCCGUCUACGCCAUACACCACGACCCCGAGUUCUGGCCGGAACCUGAAAAGUUCGACCCUGACAGGUUCCUCCCAGAGAACAAGCACGAGCUGCACGACUACAUGUGGAUGCCGUUUGGCGUCGGACCCCGGAACUGUCUGGGAAUGAGGCUGGCUUUGUUGGAGGCCAAGAUGGCGAUAGUGGCCUUGCUACAGAACUUCCGGUUUGUGGUAACUCCGGAGACACAGAUUCCCGUGACCUUGGAGAAGGGGUCAUUCACCCGAGCUGCACACGACCUUGAUGUGGGCGUGGUCAGAAGGCAGCCAACUGUAAAACGAUAGUCAUGUUUCGAUGAUCGAUUAAUAUAGAUCGAUCUAUAUUCAUUGGGAACCAAUUUAUCGAUUCUAAGUCACGAUUGUCUUGGAAGUGCUUUUUAGUGUGCUUCACACCUCAUUUGGCAGCGAUAUGUACGGGAAAAUGUACCACAGUAUGUUGAUCCCCAAGUAUGAUCAAAUCUUCUAGACUUUUAUUAAAUUGUGUUUUUUUCAAAA